UUAAUUGCAGACCAAUCAUAAUCACAUACAAAUGUCAGAUAUUUUUAAUCCAUUAACAGCUGUCACGAUAAGGCUCCUGUGGAAAUCGAUAUCGAGGAAAAAACCGAAUCAUUGCUUGCAGUGUGCCAGCCAAGUGCGAUGGAGUCAAUACUAAAAUCGCGAUGGAUUUCCCUGGCAUUUGACGGUGAUUGUGACUGAAACGCCCUUAAGUCUGCUGUCUGUUGUUCAUACCUUAGCCUGUUAUAUAAACCGUGGUUGAGAGCUACAAGAGACGGAACGGGAAGGCCCUAAGGAUUCCCGACCGAUUCUCCCAGCAAAUCAUUUUAAUUAUAGAUCGAAAGUAGAAUCGGGUCAACACAACAUCCUUGCUUUGCUUGUCGAUGGGUCGAUAUGGGCACGUAUAGCUGCUGCUGGUGCUGUACUAAGAGAAAUAGUGUGUGCGUGUGUGUGCGUUUGUGAAUACGAAGUCCUAUCGAGCGGGGAAGGCGCUGGUAGAGGACGGACGUUAAGUCCGUUAUUCACUCAGUUGAGGAGGUAAGGCACACACAGUGUGGGAUCUAGAUCCUACCUACAGGAUGCUACCAACGGUUGGUUAAAUAUUCAUCUGAUUCAAAACUCACUACGAUACAUCUUCUUAGAACCAAGCACGACGCUUAACCUGAAAUGCAGUAAGUGGUGAAUUCUAAUACUGGUCGUGCCAUGUGUAUGCUCUCUCGCAAUACUAGCCGAUAGCGAACACGGCUGCAUGACUAAGUCAGAAGGACAAUUUUGGCAACAAUUUGGUCCAAUUUAAACUGUUCAGCAAAUUACCAGAGCAUAUUCAACCGGAUAAUGGACUGACUCGAUAACUAAUAAGCCAGCAGAGGAGAAGAUUUGAUAGGAGGGCUGCAUCACAUACAAACAUGGCCCAGUUUGAUGGGUAUUGCUAUGGAAACCAAAAUUGUGUGGCAAUACGUUAGCUCAAUCACGCACUGUUGCUUGCUGACGUUGCAGCGCUAAUUAUUGCAUUAUUACCAAGAAUAUGGUAAACCGCUGGAUAGAACAGAGAUGACAUAACGGCGUCGAAGGUAAACCAGCAUCAUAUUAUUUCCAACCGCUGCAUCGCACUGCAUUGGACCAUGAGUGACAGCUUUAUUGAUUUAUAUAAAUAUCAAAUGUCAGGUUCAUCUGCGGCAACGGCAACAGUAAUGCCAUUGUUGUUGGAGCUUUUACAAUAUUAUCAGCUGUUGCAGUCUUCACGUCUCCAGAUAAUGUUCUAUUGAUUUAUACCAACAGACUUGGUCCAACUGCUGCAGCAACAGUAACAGUAUCUUUACACCGGAUAUUAAGCAGUCGCGAUAUUUUCAGAUGCUUUAUAAGUCAUAUUGCCGAUGCCAUUGGCACGGUACAUAUAGGCCUACACAGUGACGGUGGUAACACUUGGAGCUUAUCAGUACUGGCAAAACUGGCAUUGUUCAUGUGUUUAGAGGAGACCAUUGCUAUAGCAAAGCGUUGGCUGUGAGCCUCGAGUGAUUUUGCAUCCUGCUUGCCUUACCGAUAGCCACACGCAUUGAUAGCUGUGAAAAGGUGCCCAUUUCAACAUAGGACGACUGUACAUAUGCUUUGCCUAUACUGGAGAUUAAGUAUUGGGGCAGAACCAUUAUGCUUUGAUUAAGACUCGGAAAUAUUAUGAUCUGAUGUGGAUAUCUAGGCCACGUGUCCUGGAGACGUCCACAGCUUCAGUGCCUUCACAGGGCUUGCUUUAUGAGAACGAAGGUCAGGGCGGACGGUCGCCAGCCUGUCUCUGUCGUUGUAUCUUCUAUGCAUUUGUAAAUAUAUAUGUGUGUGUGUGAUACUAUAAACGAACUCAGAAAAGAGUGUGUAUCAAAUGCCUCCGGUAUGAAGACUUUAAUGUAGAAAAUAAGCUGCCAGUAAGGUUAUUAUUGCAAGACGUAUGAUUUAAUGCUCAGAUAUUAAUAGAGCUGGCAGAACGAUCAGUUGAUGCUAUUGUUUUUGGUCUCUGCAUCAGAGUAAUAUUGUCAGCUGAGUAAUUGCGGAUAGAUUUAUCCACUCGGUCAGUGCGAUCGAUUAAGUAUUCAUAUAAGAUAUAGGGCAAGGUGACAUACAUCAAACUGAGAACGGGACCGGAAGUGACGUCAUUAUAAGUCCAAACCGUGUCUGAGAGACAGCGUACCAUUGGCCACGUCGUAUACACGUGCAGCAUGUGACAUCACGCCAAAUGACGAACUAAAACGAGCACAUACAUAAUGCUAGCCAGAGAAUGGUGAGCUCUCUAGACAAUUUGGAUUCAAUAUUCCAACCCCACAACUCAUGGGCUAUAUGAGCGCACUGUUCUAUAAUCAUUAUUUAUUACAUUUCCAAUAAUGUGGCAUUUACUGAGGCUUGAACGUAUUAAGUCUCCUUGUAUAGAGUCAAUACAUCGGUCAAAGUUGAAGUUGCAUGUUAAAUACCAACCGAGAGAAAGGAUCGCCUAUUAUAUAGGCAGAUUGGAAUAUGCGUUCGGCUAAGAAUUGUCUCUGGCAGGGUCUGCUCCAUUGGAAUUGAUCUGCGUGGAUUGCACCUGUUCGCAUAGGAAGUGAUUUGGGGACCAAGCUCUCUUGGUUUUCAGUAGUCGCAAACACCCAAGUCUAGCACAGAACAGACAAGGUGUGUUGCAUUGUGCUUCAGCAUCGGGCAAGGUGACGCGGGCAGUCGCAUGUACUUUUGCUGUUUACCAACCGCUUGAUUACACUAAAUACUCCACUUUGUCUGUUGUCUAGGUAUGCGGUGUACCUCAGAUAUAAGGUGACAUUGGAGGUCGCGAUCUAUUAAUCACUACUGCUCAGAGUUUCACAUUCAGUUUCAAUUACUCCCACAUCUCAUGCGUGGUUCUGCAUGCUUGAUUCCUCGUUUAUGAAAUCCAAUAGGGCAGUAUUGAUGUAACUCGAACAGGAAAAGUCUCUUAAGAGCCAGACGUGACGUCACUGAACAUAAAAGAGCAUUCUUGGAAGUAUGGGAGAAUUAAAACCCGACAAACUGUUGCAUGUCAGGUAGCGACUGGAAACCUCACGGCUUAUAACAUAUUCAGCCACUGGGGUGGCAUUAAUUUACUAUGAUACUCGCAUUUGUUUCCCAGAUUUACCAAUGAAUUGAUUUGGUGUUCGUAUUUUGCAUCCCUAGGAACGAACACACGUUAAAAUCUUUAGCGGGAGAUUUAGAUGCUGAAAUAGAUUCUUUUUGUGUGAACCCCAAACAACGCUGUUCACAGAAUGGGUAAGACCGUGCACCUAACGGCAAUAUACCGAUAAAGUCCAUUCUCAAAGAAAUUAAUAUACGCAGAUAAUACGAUACUAAAACAUCUUAACAAUGGGCAACGAGACAAGCAGCCAACCUUCCGGGAGCAACACGCCCGAUUCCGUCUCGGAAUACUACUCAUCCUACACCCUGGGCCAGGGUUCGCGUCGGGCCCCUAGCAACGUCUCCACGUCGUCGUCAAGGCAACUGUCGCCCGUGGACCCCCCUGAGCCUGACCUGAGUCACCUGACGGAGGAGGAGAAGGCACAGAUCACGGCGGUGCUGGAGAGGGCCAGAUGGAUGCACGAGGAGGAGGAGACAGCGGCAAGACAACUCGAGGAAGAAUACUCAUCGUACGCAGCAAAGGUAGUGCGGCGGGCGUCACUGGCUGAGACAGAGAAGAAAGGUGCCCAGUUGUGUCCCAUCUGCCACAAGACCGAGUUGACGGAAGGACCGGAUAGAAUUCGGUUUGGACAGAACGUAUGCAAAGACUGUGCAAGGUUUAUAUGUGAGAAGUGCGGUUCGUUUGAUACGUCACUUACCACUAAUUUAAAGGAGUGGGUAUGUAACAUGUGCCAAAGAAGACGCCGCCUGGUGUUAAGCACGGGACUAUGGUACCAUGGUUACGAGUCAGGUAAACAACUCCAACAAGUCCAGCGGCUACUCAAUACAGCUGAACUCCAUGCAAAGGCGUCACACAGGAAAAGACCGCCAUUAGAACGCAGCUCUUCCUUAACGCAAUACGAGAACCUUAAGGAAUACGAACACAAGCAAGAAGAGAAGGAGAAGCGAGAGAGGAAGCCAUUAACUCGCCAGGGGUCGCUCCCUACGGACAUAGAUGAAUCAGAGGCGAUCCAAAAUGGACGGCCCUUGUCCACAAUACGAGAAUCAAGCCGGAGCCUAAGCAGUCUCAGUAGCAUAGAGGGGGACUCCUUUAAAUCCGGUCGAGUUCACGAUGUUGAGGGAAAGGAGAAGCAGCUAAAGUGCAACAACCAAGUGCCUUACGAAACGCCAGACUCCCACUCCAACUCCACUAAUCAAUUUUCUUUUUCGCACACGCGACCAUCUUCCCUGUCGUUCGAUAACAAGCAGGAAAAGCCUCGAGCAUCUCCUCCUAAAGAAAUUCGUAGGCUACAGCCGUCAGACAAGAAGCGCCCGGAGCCUGACACUUCCACAAAGGUUCCGGUGAAGCAGGCAAAGCACAUAGCACCUGCCGACAUAGGAGUGGAGCGCCGCCGCCAGAAGGAUCUUCUAGAGCUGGAGAAACGCUCAGCAGCAGCAGCAGUAACAGCGGCGGCGUAUUCCUCACACCAUCACUCACACGAAUUUCGUCUGCACAGACCUGGUGCGCCAACGGCACUGCCGAGUCUGGAUGAUAGAAUUCUCCACCGCUCUCAUUCCGCGGGGGAGCGGUCGAUGUCGACCGAUAGUUCCACAAGUCCCCGGAGUCUCUCCCCGUCAUUUGGCUCCCCUGGGAGCUACCGAGACAGUCCCCCUCGCUCCCCUUUACUCCGCAAGCUCUCGCCUCCGUUAUCCCCGCACGAGGAUGUUUUCCCUAUAGCGCUGAUAGACAUAUCACCACCGCAUGACGGGUUUGAAAAUAUGACGGAGCCUAAUGGAUCGCCCCAAGUUUUACUUGAAGGUGAUUUAAAUUCCAAUGUGGUCUUACCCACUACGGGAAACCGCAGGACGAAAACAUUCAAAGAAAAUGACUCCUUUCCGCCGGUUAAACCGAGACGCAAAGAGGGGAGUUUUGAAGAUUCCGAUCUGGAUUAUUCACGGGGCAUAGACCUUGCAACAUUCGCGGCCACGAUAGCCAGUGAUACCUACAAUUUGACCAGCCUAACGGCGUCUCCGACACACUUAUUAAAAGUCGGACCAGACGGUAGUAAGGAAUAUGCAGACGGUUCACCAGAAUCAUCGCCUUCCCCCGUCUCACCCAUUUUCUUAGAAGAGAUUGAUGAAGGCGGGCACGAUAUUGACGAUCCAACAGAGAAAGAAAUUGAUUACCAAGGUACCCAGAGACAGAAAGCAAGGCCUCCGAGCAAUGAUUGGUCCCCGGUGACCGAUCUAUCUCCAAUAAUCGAUGUCUCCCCUUCCAUCGAGGAGGAAGCUCAGAGAGAGAUGCUGGCUCAACAAGAGCAGGAGAAGAAAGCUCAGCAAGCACAGCUGAUUCCUGGAAUGAUCACGUCAUACGAGUCAGAGGAAUGGGAAGACGAGGACGUUUACUCAUCGACCGGGUCUCUGAAGCGUUCUCAGAGAUUCGACGAUAUCAGCACGCUAGGGUUCAAUGGGUCAGCUCCCAAAAGACUAAUCGAGUAUAUAGACAGCUUUGACAGUAUCGACAGCUGGGAUGACAUUGACCCUAAGACAAAGGAUGAACGCAGGCUCAAAGACUCAAAAUCUCCUUCAAAACUAGAUGGGGAUCCGAAUGCAAAUUACCCCGCCACAUCGGAAGCCGUUAAGCAUGUGAUAUCCGAGACUGUGAAAGCCACUGUGUUUCAGGGAGACAGUUUCAGUGACGACUCUAUAACACAAACAAAUGAGCACGCCCGAGACGCGCGCGAUGAUCGAUUAAAAGGACAUGCUGAUCAAUACAACCCUACGCAAAGGUCAGAAGCUAAAAUUAAUUCAAAAGAGAAGGAAUGUAGAGCACAGGAUGUUACCGUACCGCCCAGCUCUGAACAAUUGCAAGCGCUAGUGGCCAGUUCUGUGAAAAAUGAACGGACGAAGUCGGAUUUCAUAACCGGAAAUACAUCCGCCAGCACAGGAACAGGGUCUCCGGCGCGAGACAAGAACAGUAAGGGGCGACCCACUCCGCUGAUUUUAGAGCUGCCAUCCAAGGGAUACGAGGACGGAGACAGUAACGUGUCUCCACAUUACAAGGUUUUAGACUCGCCGCGAACCCCACGCGAACAGCGUCAAGGGAGCGACACUGUAAGAGGAGGGGAGUACAAAGACGAGGGAAGACCGUACAGCCCUGGCUAUACGUCUACGGAAUACGAUGAGGAGACGUACUGGUAUCCUAGCCCGGUCCCCACCCCCGAAUACGCCACGUCUCCGCCCGUGCCCCGGUCACCUUCGUAUCUACCCAAAGAAGAAGAGCUGCGCCAAGCCGUCGAGAAGCUGACACAAUACACAUCCGAUUCCAUUUCCGAUGACGAGUGGAUGAACUUGAAGGGUGAAAGUAAUAUGGACGAGGCGGGGACGGCCAGAAAGCAGGGCAGGCGGAGACUGCCUUCGGUGCCUGGCAGUGAGCAGCAGCAACCAAAGCCCGUUCCUCCUCCAAAACCGGCUCAUUUACUGGCGAGGAAGCAUUCUGGAGAAUUGCCUGUCGUUUCUAACAAUACUCCGCCUGGAGGCCUCACAGUGGCAGACACUUCUCCAAGCCGUGGCAUGUAUAAAAACGGGAGUGUCCAUGAAUCACCAAGCCGAACAAUGAAAGUGAAUAGUUUUGAAAAAACCGAAGGCAGUGCUGCCCCCAAGGAGAAAGGUGUCCUUGUGGCUAAAAGGGCACAGAUGUUUGACACCCCAAAACGAACACUACCGGAGCAUAGGACAAAGGACGCUGUGGACGCCGGUAAGAGAACGCCAGCAGUAAAAGAUACUCAGGGAUCUAAAACUGCAGAACGCAGAGGGAGCAGUGAGUUGAAAAGGCAAACUGAUACAGCAGCCAGACAAGUAGGUGUGUCAAAAAAUCAAAACGGUCACCGUGCUAGUGUUGAGCUAUCGACCGAUCAAGGUGAUGUCGACGAUGAAGACAUCAAUGUCUACGGGUACAGAAUUCCCACGGAAAUUAAAACGUUAAAACAGCAGCUAAAAGAGGAGUUGAAAUUAGUCGUGGCUACGAGGAGGAAAUACUACGACGAAAUGGAAGAGAUUCGUGCCCUGGAGAAACAGCUGGAUGAGAUCAGAUCACUGGAGGAUAAGCAACGCGUGGAGCUUAAUGAAAAAUUACAGCUUAUGAGACGAGACACAGACAGGAGGCUAAAAAGCAGCAGAGAUAGGUCAACGGAAAGGGAUAGGGGAGAACGAGACGGAGGUGAUUCUGUUGACUCGGUGAGCAUCGCUAGUGACUCCAGUGGGGAAGACAGGCUGGUCGCUACCACUGCUACCACGUCAAGUGCGCAGCGGAAGUUGACACCUGUUCCUGUGCAACUGCGCAUGUCGCCUCAGGCAUCACCAAGACGGGCCCGUCACAAGAAACAGACAGCUGAAAGUAUGGUGGCCCAAUUUUCACCAAUUAAAGAAGACAAUGAUAUAGAAAGCGAUUUUCAAGCUCGACUUGAAGCAGAACGCAUAGCCAAAUCUCUAGGCACCACGAUACCUGAUGUAGACGCACUUCCUGGCGGUACAGAGGCUAAGGCACAACACGCGAGACGAUCAUGUACUAAUGAAGUUGGCGGUUUAGAUAAUAGCACUUCUUCCCCUAACUUAAGUAAACACGUGCACGAUUUUAAAGCAUAUGUUAGCCCCGAGGCCAAAUACGGUAGACUAAGCGUGAGCGCGUCAGACCUCCAGGCAAAACAACGUCUUCCUCAUCACCCAAAUGAUGAGAUUGAAAAGAGAUAUCGGGAAGAAAAGAAGCAGCAUCUGCAGUUGGAAAUAGAAAAAAGGAAACGGCAAAUCGAAGAAAAUGCCAUGUUGCAAGGGGAAUUGAGAAAGAUUGCCGAGUCAAAUUCCGCGAUGGAGAUCUCUCAGGCAACAGACUUUAAGCGUUCGCAAAGCCACGAUUCGGUUGGCUACAGGACUAGAGAGAACAUACCCAUCGGAAUUAUAAAACCUUUGGAAGACAAACGAUCGACGUUGCCACAGGGACAUGGACUCGAUGAACGUCAAUCUUCCGACUUCGAGGACAUAUUUGUGGGAAGAAAAUCAAUGUCUCUGACAGCCUCUCGUAUCGAGAACUAUAGCUCGUCGGAGUACUUAGCCCACAAAACUCUUCACGGCGAAGAAAAGGCCUCUCUUUCCUCCUCACCAUACAAACAGCAGCAACAACAGUACACAAAGCUCGCGCAGUCGCAGCCCUCUCUCUUCUCCUCCAGCAAGGACUCGGGGAUGUCCAGCUCUCAUACACUGGCCGAGUGGCCACAGAGGUCCACCGUAGACUUAUCUACCUUUUACGACGGAUAUUCCGAUUUUUCGAACCCACCCACGGAGGGGGAGACCAGUCCCCACAGCGAGUCCCCGCCCCCCAUGCCGUUGCUGGAUGACGUCACCCGGAAAUCAAGGCGAAUUCUGCAUGGCAUUGGGAGCAGGCCACUUUCUGAAGAGUUUGAUCAAAGUUUCAAUUUGUUUGAUGCUAUGCAUAGAUACGACAGUACGGACAGUUUGGGAGACCCCAAUGAACGGCUGAUGGAACACCUCACUGAGGGUGGUAUUACCAUACUCAAACAGAUGGACAGGAAAAAACACCCUCCUCCUCUGGAGGAGAAGAGAUACCCGUUCCCUACUAAGCGCAUCCUCCUAACCCGUGACCCCAAAGACCGUUCUUACAGAGGUGGGUUGCACUGGUUUUCCUUGGACAAGAAGAACCCCGGUAACAGUGUUGGCUUGAAGAUCGUUGGUGGUAAAUUCAUCCCUGGGACUAACGAAGUUGGCGCUUACGUUGCCAAAAUUUACCCCGGCGGUGUCGCCCAUCAGCUACAUGGAGAAUUACAAGAAGGUGAUCACAUACUGGAGUGGAACGGAAUCCCUCUCACUGGUAAAACGUACGAAGAGGUCCAGAAAGUAGUGUCAAUUCCAAAUGGAGAGAUAGAUAUCGUGGUGAAAGUUGGGAGCAAUCUCCUAAGCCCGGAGAAAUCAGGCACUAUCUCCAGCAGCCAGUCUUCCUACGACAAUCUCGAGUUUGUCAGUGCGGACGACUUGGAUAACCUGGACAACUACGUCGUUAUGCACAAAGACCCUCCACCGAAACGCGGCGUGGACCCAAAGACUCUGGCGGCCCACUUGGAGGGUGCAAAAGAGAGGACCUCCUCCCCGGCCGUCUCCCCGUCGUCCUCCCACCCCGAGGUUUUCCUGACCCCCAGCGCUUCCACGCCUUCACCGCUGUCAGACGUGCCGGAGACUUCGAAACAACCAAAGAAGCAACGGGGCGGCAACAGCGGAGAAAAGCGGUACUUGGGGGAUCUGCAGCUGCAGCUCAGUUACGACAACCGUGACCAAUCUCUUAACGUCCAUAUCAUUCAGGCUAGGAACCUUCUGCCAAAAGACAGACUGACCGGCUGCUCGGAUCCUUUCGUCAAGGUGUAUUUGUUACCGGACAGAAAUUCAGAGAACAAACGGAGGACGGAUUAUGUCCGGAAAACGCUGAAUCCACAAUGGCACCAGAGUUUCGUCUUCUUUCAUCUCCCGAGGGAAGAACUACCGCAGAGGACGCUGGAAAUUACCGUCUGGGACUACGACAGGUUUAAGCCUAAUGACUUCUUGGGAGAGGUGCUUUUAAGACUUUCUAAUGAACGUUACCUUGACAACAAACCACACUGGUACACUCUUCAUCCUCACAUGGAAUCUCACAGCUCGUUACCAACCUCGCGAGAUUUAAAACAUCAAAACGAGAGAGUGAGGUCAAGAUCACGGCCGCGACCAGAACAGCCUAAAGGUGACAAUGUAAUGCCUAGAUCUGCGAGUCAGCCUCCAUCUCGUAGGAACGACCGGAUGAGAAUGGCUAGAAGAGCCGGCUCGUUAGAGGAAGAUGACGAUGACUAUGAAGGCGAGGCACGCUUUC